AUGCUACCCACCCUACGCAAAAUCCACUCCAAUCUCCCAUCUCACUCCCACUCCCACUCCCCCACCCAAGACACACCCCCUAACAAAACCUACAAACACAGUCUCUACCUCACCACCAGCACCUCUCUCCUAACCCUAAUCCUCAUCCUCAUAUCGCUCUUCUACCAAUUUCCCGGACCCAAUAGUUCUCUACUCGAUAUCGUGGGGUCGGAUAUCACAUAUAAGAUUUACAUGUUUCAAUAUUGUGUUUCUGGGGGCGAGAAUGGAAAUAGUGGGUUAGAUAGGGAUGUGUAUGCGCCGAAUGGGGAGGGGUGUCAUUUGGAUUUUAAUCCAAUCGGCUAUGUCGUCUCCGCAACCAAGAUCCACGCCUCAGAUAGCGAUCUCCAUCUUUUCCACAGUUUAACAGCUGCUGCUUUCUCUUUCUGUUAUAUUGGAAUUCAUAUACAAAUUCUACUUACUUCCAAACAACCAUCUACCUAA